UUUUUCAGAGCCAAACUUCGAAGUCAAGUCACGUGUACGUGUUUUGGAGCCGAUAAUAUAAACAUGGAAGUUUAUCACUUUUGCUUCCCAGAAGAGACGUUCAACUCUUUUCAAUAAAUUCAAGGGAUUGCUGCAAGUAAUAACCGUUCUCUUUUCCCUAGAAUAACUGAAGAAACUCUGAAAUACAAUUAGAAAUUAGUGAAAAGUGAUAAAAAUGACUCUUAACCUCACAAAAACAAGAGUUUUGAAUCUGCGGAGUAUUGCCACUUCUUCAUGCUGCAGAAAUCUACCUCCCAACAGUGUGAUGAAUGUUUUCGAUAGGAAUGCCAAACUUUUACAACGAGAGAGAGCAGCUAGAGACCCAGAGGUGAAAUUGUACGAUUAUCUAAAAGAAGAAGUGGGUUUCAGACUCGCUGACAGAGUAUUUGAUAUAAAAAGAGAAUUUCAAUGUGCUCUGGACUUGGGAUGCGGUCGGGGCUAUGUCUCCAGGAAUAUUCAUUCUGAUAGCGUGAAGAAAUUAAUUCUAGCUGACAUGUCUUCGAGCUUCGUCGAGCAAGCGAUGGUUCCUGAGAAUGUCGAGAUCGAGAGGAAAAUUCUUGAUGAAGAAAAUUUCUCUCUGGAGCAGAACAGUCUCGAUCUUGUGUUAAGCUGCUUGAGUCUUCACUGGGUUAAUGAUCUUCCUGGGUGUUUCAGCAAAAUCAUUCAGAGCCUUAAGAAUGAUGGGGUCUUUAUGGGUGCAAUUUUCGGGGGCGAUACUCUCUAUGAAUUGAGAAGUUCCCUGCAACUCGCAGAAUUGGAGAGGGAUGGAGGAAUCGCUCCUCACGUCUCACCAUUCACACAAAUUAGGGAUAUUGGCAGCUUGAUGACGAGAGCUGGAUUCACUAUGUUAACUAUUGAUUGUGAUGAAAUGGUUAUUGGGUAUCCUUCGAUGUUUGAAGUUAUGUCGGACUUGAAAGGAAUGGCAGAAAAUAAUGCAGCUAGGAAUAGAAAGUUGCACCUGAAACGAGAGACUGCACUGGCUGCUGCAGCUAUUUACGAGGAGCUCUAUGGGAAGACGAAGGAUGAUGGGAGUAUUUAUGUUCCUGCGACGUUUCAAAUAAUUUAUAUGCUGGGUUGGAAGCCAGACGCUUCGCAACCGAAGCCCUUGGACAGAGGGACUGGAGAUGUAUCCCUGAAAGACCUGUACAAAUUAGACGAAAUCAUUAAAGAUACCAAGAAAAUCAAAUUAGAUGACGAAAAAUAGAGUAUUGUUCAAUAUGAAAUGUAAAAUAUAAUUUAUUUAACACAAUAAAGUUUUGUUUUGUACAGUAAAACUUUUCUCUGCCAGUUUUGCAUUAUUUCUUGCAUAAAGAUGGGAAUGAACAGGAUAAUUAAUUAUAGAAUGCAU